CCUCGCCGUCUGUUGGGUCGAUACUACCAAGUACUGUCAGCUACUGCCAGCCUCUGACAGCCUCGUUGUUGAGUGACGGGAGCACGUCAAAACUGGUUCGAACAAAAUCGUGCUUGUAGUGAAACAGGGAAGAAAGAGAGCGCAACUUGACUGGUACGGGCAUCUUUCAUCACGACAUUAGACGACAGAAUGGAGGCAGAGAAUUCUUGGCCGAAACGUCUUCCGCUAGAAAUAUGGCAGAUUGUUCUCAGUCAAACAUCCCCCGCCACAACCCGAAAAUGCCUGGCUGUCUCCAGGCUUUUCCAUGAUCUCGCUGCUCGCAUUGUCUUUUCGACGCUACGUAUACAGUUCGGGUGCUGGGAAGCCAGCUAUGACUUGUUGGACGAGCCGUUUGAAGGAGACCGCGGAUGCAGGUCAUGUUGUGUGCUGCUGCACACCAUCACCGACCCUGUGUUUGCGUCUUACGUCAAGCAUUUACACAUAUAUGCGUUCGCGGACAAAUUCACGACCUCCGAAAUGUGCGGCGUAACGAAAGCAAUCGGCACUCUGUCCAAUUUACGUACACUGAGAUGGUAUACCAACCAUCGGUCGUGCAUUUUACCUAGCGACGAGCUCCUGGAGGCACUGGCGGCGACGGCUGUAUGUCUCCGCGAAUACCAACUGCCGAUUCAGUGCUUGAGUGCGCUGCCGGCUCUUAAGAGAUUACCAGCAUCAAGUCUUUGUUUGUAUUUUCCGGAGCAAUAUUCUUUGGAAGAGGAGCUGCACUGGCCAUGCGACGUAUACCGCUCGUCCUUCGCAUCACUACUUGAGGCCCGCAGAGGUUCUCUAACGCAGCUUACCGCACCAAACCAGGCGGUCUGGGAAUGCCCGCCACACAUAUUGCGGGGCCUGACUCAUCUGACGAUCGACGACGUCGGUCAUUCUAGUAACCUCGAUCUCAUUUCCCCCCAUUGCACUCGACUCGAGUCCCUGCAGAUUAUCCUUCACCUGGAUUUUACUUCGGAGCUCUGUGUCGCUCUAGCAGCAAACCCCGCCGCGUUCCCUCAUCUCACGUACCUCAAGCUACUCUCGGACGAUUUUGUGGAUGGCACGAGAGUCAAUGCGGUGGCUAGCUUCAUCCGACCGAAGACGAAGCUGCGGUGUCUGGAUUUUAACGGCCAGUGCAGCACUGUUGAAGAACUAUCUCCUGUCUUAGACGCUAUUCGAUCGCUAUCAGACCUAGAAAUCCUUGGUCUUGAUGUUGGACUCGGGCGAUUUGGACAGGAAACGAUUGAUUUGCUCAGAUGUACAAUUCCCAAAGGAGUUACCGCCCUACGUCUCGGGCUUGACUACGACGACCUGGCUGCACCAGGAGGUUACUCAUGGGCCGAACUGUGGGCAGGUCUACCGAAGUUGACUUUUGCCCACAUCGGCGACGUCGAGACUCGUUCGGUCACAUCGAUACCGGACCUCGCUGAUGCUAUCGCCUCUUUGAGGCUCGUAGGGCAUUGCUCGCGCUUCCACGAGGUGUAUCGCGCGGACGAUGGAGUCACGCUCGGCGAACCUUGGUCCGCUACAAAGGUGCAAUUUCGAACGGUAGAGGACUUCGGGUCCAAAGACUGGGAAUGGUUGAUGCGAGGCCAUUUUCUACCAUAGACUAAUUUCUGCGAGGGUGAUGCUUGAUUGGGUGUUAACGUCAAAGGGAGAAGCAAAUGGUGCCUGGUAUGCUGCGCAUUGACUUUCAGUAGAUGGUGGAUUGGCUCUGUAGUGAAAGGAUAGUAUGCAACCAAUGUGUCCGAGUUCGACAGCUGGCUCGAAAU